AUUAUCACUAUUAUUAUUACAAGAAAUGUCAAAAGAAAACAACAAACAUCUGCAUCGGUAUUUUUAAAAUAUUAAAUAUUCGAAGAACAAUUUUUUUAUACGUUUAUAAUAUGUAAAAAAGUGUUUUAAAAUUGCACAAAAUGUCAGACCAUCAAAACGAAAGUUCUGGCCAAGAUACAGAUCUUGUAUCCAAUGAUUCGGAUGUGGAAGGUUCACAAAGUGUAUGCUCUGAUACACAUUCUGAUAACACAUCAACGUCAGCACAUACUGAAAAAAGUACACUAUCCGAAUCCACUAUUCAUGCACUGAGUGGAGGCAGUGAUGCUGAACAUAUUGCUGCCUUGCCAAAUCUAUCGUUAGAGAAAAAAAUUACAAACAUCUCUGCUAUAAAUCGGAGCAUGUUCUUACCAUGGGGCGCCCAGAAAGACAGGGUUGUGGCACAUUUAAUUUUCGUACAGAACACAGAAGGCGAAACAAGACCUGGCGAGUUUGUUAUGAGAAAUUUGUUUCAAGAAUUUACUAUUUUGGCUGAAAAGAAAAUAGAAAAUGUCAUGUUAGAAUCUCAAGAAAAACCACUUUCUAAGACACUACAGAGGGGCGAAGAUGCACAAUUUGAUCAGCUUUUAAGUGCUUUUGGUUCUGUAGCUGAGCAUUGUUUGCCUUCAUUGCUGAGAGCGUUGUUCUCGUGGUAUGAGAGACAAAUGGCAGAAGCAUCAAAUCCAGAGCAAAAAAAAAGUGACAUCAAGCAAAAAAGUAUAAUAAACAUUGUGGCUGGUAAUACAACAGAAACACCAGAAAGAUCCGAGGCAGACAUACAGAAAGAGAAGAGGGACCUAGCUGUGGAAUUUAUUUUUUGUUUAGUAUUAAUAGAGGUUCUUAAACAACUCUCAUUCCAUCCUGGUCACGAAGAUCUAGUCCAGUACAUCGAGAAUUUAGCCCUAAAGCAUUUUAAACAUCAGGAAGGGAUUCAAAACAAUCCAAACAGCGCAAACAUCCAUAUGAUAUGCGAUCUGUAUGCUGAGGUGAUUGGUGCUUUAGCACAAAGUCGUUUUAUGUCGGUUCGUACGAGGUUUAUGGCAGAAUUAAAAGAAUUGAGGUCAAGGGAAUCCAGUCCUGCUACUACUCAGAGUAUUAUAAGUCUUCUGAUGGGGAUGAAGUUCUUCAGGGUGAAGAUGGUGCCCAUUGAAGAGUUUGAGGCUUCUUUCCAGUUCAUGCAGGAGUGUGCUCAGUAUUUUCUGGAGGUGAAGGAGAAGGAUAUCAAGCAUGCUUUGGCCGGCUUGUUUGUGGAGAUUUUGGUACCUGUAGCAGCGGCUGUGAAAAACGAGGUAAACGUUCCCUGCUUGAAAAACUUUGUAGAAAUGCUGUACUCCCAAACGGUAGAUGCCAGUACUAAGGCUAAACAUCGUCUAGCUUUAUUCCCUUUGGUCACCUGUUUACUUUGUGUCAGUCAAAAAACGUUUUUUCUACAAAACUGGCACUAUUUCCUAGCUAUGUGCCUAUCCCACUUGAAAAAUAGGGACCCUAAAAUGUGCAGAGUUGCAUUAGAAUCACUCUAUCGACUGCUGUGGGUCUACAUGAUCCGAAUAAAAUGCGAAAGCAACUCUGCCACCCAGUCUCGUCUUCAAAGCAUCGUAAACUCUUUAUUUCCCAAAGGAUCCAAAGGCGUAGUCCCUCGGGACACUCCUUUGAACAUUUUCGUCAAAAUAAUCCAGUUUAUAGCGCAAGAAAGACUGGACUUUGCCAUGAGAGAGAUAGUUUUUGAUCUACUCUCAGUAGGGAGACCAAUAAAAAUGAUUUUGACCCCUGAACGAAUGAGCAUUGGACUAAGAGCUUUCUUGGUGGUGGCUGACAGUUUACAGCAAAAAGAGGGUGACCCUCCGAUGCCUAGAUCCGUUGGGGUGCUCCCUAGUGGUAAUACACUGAGAGUACGAAAAACUUUCUUGAAUAAAAUGCUCACUGAAGAUACGGCGAAGAGUAUAGGAAUGAACGCUUAUUUUCCGCAUGUUAGGAGGGUAUUUGUGGACAUUUUGAGGGCUCUGGAUACGCAAUAUGGACGGCCCUUGAUGAUGACGAACACGCAGAACGUAAAUAAAGAGCCCGAUGAGAUGAUUACUGGCGAGAGGAAGCCUAGGAUCGAGUUGUUCAGGACUUGUGUAGCUGCAGUGCCAAGGUUGAUACCAGAUGGCAUGACUAGUAGCGAACUAGUAGACCUUCUUAGUCGUUUGACGGUACAUAUGGACGAGGAACUAAGAGGUUUAUCAUGCUGCAGUCUACAAAGCUUAGUGGUAGACUUUCCAGAAUGGCGACAGGAUGUGCUAUGGGGUUUAACACAAUUUGUCGCCAAAGAUAUCUUAGACACCUUCCCUCAGCUCAUGGACCAUGGUUUAAAAAUGAUUUUGACACUUCUAUGUGCCUGGAAGUCUGCCCUAACCAACACGCCUUUGAACAACACACUUCGCGUCGCUAAAGAUUAUUCUGACAUGAAGAGCUCCACUCCUGAUCCAAAUUUGACCAAGAAGACUGACGUGGGUAAAUCUGAGCCACUCUCAUCCGUCCUACACUAUGCCGAGGCUUUGGCUUUGGUUGUUUUGUGUAAUUACCGACAAACUUCGCGUAGAUUGUCUGUGCUGAUCCUCAAAGAAGUGAAAAGUCUUCUGAAAAUACUGAAUUGUUCGGAUAAUGUUCCUGUGAUCGAUGUGCUGGAUCAGAAUUGUGGAGCUGUGCUGGAAAGGUGUCUUUCUUUGGUGCCUGUUGCUGAAAAGACUGCUAUUCAGGCUGUGACUAAUAUAGACUUCCAGUGGUUAGCUGAUAGAAACUCGUCAACCUGGACUGUAGGCUUGGUGGACGAGGGCUCUAAUAAAAGCCAAGGAACCUACAAUUUUAACGUAAUAGAUCCUUGGAGCGUAUGCUUAUUCGGAUUUCUAGAAAAAGAUAAACUAAUAAAUUCAUGUCCUAUGAUGACUAUACAUUCCUGGCCAAUAGUUUUCAAUAGGUUAAAUGCCUUGUAUUCUGUGGUUGAUCCUACGCCAUUAAAUGAUAAUAGAGCAUCUUUGUUAAGGAGUGCUACAGCUGUGAAGAAACCUCCAACUGAAAGAGAUGCCUACAUGCACCUUUGGAAGAACUACAUAACCUUUGCAUUUAAGGUCGUACCUUUGAUAUCAAAUCCGAUUAUUAGAUGUGCCAGUCCUGAUCUGAGUUUGAGUUCUUCGCCUGACAGUCUUAGUCAAGAAAAGAACGAUCCGAAGUUUGCGGCAAAUGUAUCUCCUACUGCGCUUUAUAAGUUGGUAGUACCUCAUUUAAGAUGCGAGGUGACUGAUAUUAGAGACUCUGCAGUUUAUGCAGCUGGACAUAUUAAUGACACAGCCCUAAGGGACUUACUUGAAGAAUUGACAGUUUAUAUAAGAGAGGCAGUCGAUAAAAAGCAAGAGAAUGUCAGAAGAAGACGCAGAAGAGAUGCGUUAAGGCUACAGAUUAUGAGGUUAUUGGAAUAUAUCGCUGAAAAUGAAACUUAUGGUGUUAGUUCAUGCGCAAUUGAUAAAGAUUCGCAAGGACUACAUCCUCUUUUAGUUGAAUUUAUCGAAGGUGUAAGAUAUUAUUUGGAAAAUGAGCCUGACAAAAAUUCCAGCACUGUUAGAGACCUAACUUAUCAUUUUUGUUACUUUUUACGGAAAAUGAUUAAAAACUUUAGCCUUGACAUUCGUCGUAGUUUGUUAAAACGCGACUUAAGAAAAAACUUGUUUGUCCUAUUCACUUACUGGGUAGGCAAGUAUACACUGCCCAACACAAAAAUAUCGCAACCUGAAGGCGACAUGUCUAACAAAAAACACGCAGAACUACAGUUUGCUUCGCUACAAGCUAUGAGCUCUCUAUUAUGUUGCGGGCCAUGCUUUGACGGACUGACUGAAGAAAGUCCUUAUUAUUUAUGGUUGGAUGGUCUGCUAAACAGUACCGAUGAAAAAGUAUAUAAACUAGCUCAAGAAACAGUUAUUUUGUUGCUCGAAUCAAACUCCGAUGUGCCUCAACUAUUGGAUUGGUUGGUUGAUAAAUGUUACACCGGAAACUCCAAGGUUGCUGAUUGUUGUUUCCUUGCCCUAGCCACUAUUUUCAGCGCUAGGGAAUAUCCUUGCGAUCAUUACAUAGCGAUCAUAAACGUCACCUUAAUGAAUACAGGGUGUCCCAGACAAAACGUCAGAGACACAGCUUUACAGUUAUUGCAGCUGUUGGAUAAGAGGUUUUUCGGUAGUGUUCCAUUACCCGAAAAUGAUUUAGCUGAAGGUGAUAGAGGCAGAGGUACACUUGACGCCAUUUUGGCAACCUCUUAUUGCAGAUCACAAAUUCAUUUGUCUAGGCAACUUGCCUUAUUACAUCCUGAACUUACUAUGCCUAUGUUUUCAGAAAUAACAUAUAGGUUCCAAACUGCACGUCCAGAAGUUAGACAGCUGCUUCUACAGUACCUUCUUCCGUGGUUACACAAUAUGGAGUUGGUUGAUCCAAAUAUUCCACCAACUAACGCACACAUGUACCAGUUUUACGCCAAUGACAUGGGAGCUGAGAGAAAAGAGGGCUGGGGAUCCGCAGAAGCCACAGAAAUGGUGUUGAACAAUAUAUUUUAUAUCACAGCAAAGUUUGGUGAUAGUCAUCCAAAAGAAGUAGAAGAAGUGUGGGGUAUGCUGUGUACUUCAUGGCCCAAUAAUAUGAAAGUUAUCAUAAGAUAUCUGAUUAUUAUAUCUGGAAUGGCUCCUUGUAAACUUUUGACAUAUGCAAAGCGUGUUGUUCUAUAUUUGGCUCGUGUCCAACCUGUUAGACUGUUGGACGAAAUGAUGUUGGAACUGCAAACAGUGGAGACUUUAAACUGUCUUAUAGAAAGGACAGAAACCCCUCCUUUCUAUAGGUUGACAGUUAUGCGGAAAGCGUCAAGUCACUCGGACGGUACCAAUGGUGUAGCUGGACAGAGCGACAGUAGUAGCAGAAAUGAUCUGAGUAUAGAAAAAGGUACAAUCCAUACAAAAAGACAUAGCGGAGAGGAUCCUUCAAAAUCUUUGGCUAAAUCCGAAUCAGCGUCAAACAUGUUUGCUGAUUUCAACAACAAAUCGAGAAACCAAGACGAUUUGAGUAACUCAAUUGAAGAAGCUUCUGGUGGGGACGAAGUUAUUUUAAGAGAAAAACUAGACAUUCCACAGCCUCAUCCAUUGCCUAUGCCUGAAUUUGGAGGGUAUUUUGCCCCUUUAACUGAGUAUUUACCCGAUAGUUCCCAGCCGAUUUCUGGGUUCCAUAGAUGUAAUGUCGGGGUUAUGUUACUAUGUGACAUAGUUGUCGACGGUAUAGAGCUAGAUUGGGCUAUCCAUGUUCCAUUGAUGCUACACAUUCUAUUCUUGGGCCUAGACCAUACCAGAACUAUAGUGUACCAACAUUGUAAGCGGUUAUUACUGAAUUUACUUACAGUGUUAGCUCAGCAUAAUGAUCACCUGACUGUAGCCCAUAUUCUGCUAAACAGCCAAUCAGUUCAGCUUGAAUUAGGGUUAUCUACACCAUCAUUAUCUGUGGUUAGACAUGUAUUCACGGAAUCGGAUUCAACAUUUGAUGAAUUUCUUUAUAACCAGAUAACAUCAGCUGUUACUACCGAAGCUACCAACAAAGUUAGUUUGCAAAGUAUUUCUUCUAAAGAGGAAGAAAUUCCAGAUUUUUCAGCUGAAGAUAAGGAUAGUUCUAUAACUCCCGUUAUAGUACUUCCGGAAAAUGCCGAGCCUGUGGUUCCAAUAAAAAUUGAACUUACAACAUCCACGGUUAUAAAGUCUUUGGUUGAUUUCUUGGCUACUAGACAGACGCCUCUUUGGAACUAUGAGGAUAUAACAGCAAAAGUGUUUACUGUGAAAAGUGCUGAACAAAUUGACGUUUUUCUUCAGUAUAUUUUGAGAAUCUUUAGAGAUUCGAUUCCUAACGCUCACAUAAAUGAGAGGUGGGCUCAGACAGCUUUACAGUUGGGUUUAAGUUGUUCAUCUAGGCAUUACGCUGGAAGAUCUCUACAGAUAUUUAGAGCUCUCAGAGUACCGAUAACUUCGAGAAUGCUGUCUGAUAUUCUCAGUAGAUUGGUCGAAACUGUUGCAGAACAAGGAGAAGACAUGCAAGGUUAUGUAACUGAACUAUUACUUACUUUGGAAGCAGCCGUCGAGGCGCUGGAGUCAGAUUUUCGACCUCUGGACCUUACUAAGGAAAUUUUUAAAUCAACGCCUAAUUUGAAUAAUAGAGAUGUUAUAACGUACAAGAAGAACCCUGACGGUACUACAAAUGUCACACCUGUGUUUAAUCAUUCCAUUUCAGUCGGACAUGCAAGAAGUACUAGUUAUUCAGUGUCUUACGGACUAAAGAAAAACGGGCAGUCCAGUAACGAGAUGGAACGGAGAAACAGAAACAGUGCAAACGAUGUAGAGCAAAAUAGAGCUAAAUUUUCAUCAAACUUGUCCCGUUCCAGGUCGGCUCAAAGCUUAAAAAUGUUAGGUGAUUCGGCAACGCAGGAUGACAAAUUGACUAUUCUAGCUCAGCUGUUUUGGCUGGCAGUGUCGCUGCUUGAAUCGGACUACGAGCACGAGUUUUCAUUAGCCGUAAGACUGUUGACCAGGGUCAUGCAUAGGCUGCCUUUGGACAGGCCCGAUGCCAGAGAUAAGGUUGAAAAAUUGCAGCAACAGCUGAGGUGGAACAGUUUUCCAGGUGUCCACGCUUUGUUGCUUAAGGGUUGUACACAUCCAAAUAUCUACGAACCAGCUGUAGAACUACUGUCUCAUUUUACACCAUUACUGAAUUUUGUAGUAGUUGAUCCGUCACAGAGUGUCGCCUUUCCAAUGAACGUCAUAGCUCUUCUGCCUUACAUGCUAUUGAAUUAUGAGGAUGCCAAUGAGUUGUGUAUCAGAGCAGCAGAAAACAUCGCUCAAGUUAGCAUCGAAAAAAGCAAGAAACUGGAACAUUUAGGUACGGUAAUGACUUUAUACAGCAGAAAAACCUUCAGCAAAGAAAGCUUCCAAUGGACUAAGUGCGUUAUCAAAUACCUUCACGACACAUAUUCACAUUUAGGACUCAAUAUGCUGUCAUUCUUGGUAGAAAUCUUAGAAAAAGGUCCAAGUAAUCUACAGCUGCCGAUUUUAAACAUUAUACAUUGCGUCUUGCACUAUGUGGAUCUCGCCACGCCUGCUGCUCAACCAAUCAACGCAGACCUUCUAAGAAUCAUCAUUAAAUAUGUUGAAAGUCCACAUUGGAAGGAAGCUUUGAAGAUUCUAAAAUUAGUGGUGAGUCGAUCUAGUACUCUGGUGGCGCCACCUACCACUCUAACCACGCACUGGGAAAGUAAUCUCACUUCGAUACCCCAUCCUUCAUUUUCUGAUGAUGUAUUUGCCAAAAAAGAACUACCAGGUAGAACUAUGGAAUUUACAUUUGACAUGUCUCAAACGCCUGUCAUCGGUAGAAGAUUCUUUAAUAAACCUGACGACGUAGAUAAAGCUAAAACGUCUACAACACCCAGAAGAUCGUGUUCUAUCAGUCCAGCAGAUGUCACCACGCAGAGUGGUUGGAAACGACCUUGGAUGUGUCAGGGUCGUGUGCGUGAAUGUUUGGUUAAUCUUCUAACAACCUGUGGACAAAGAGUUGGACUACCCAAGAGUCCAUCAGUAAGUCUCUCAUUCAUAUAUCUGUUUGAUAAAAAUAUUAAUAAUAUCACAAACAUUAUUCCAAAGGUGAUAUUCAGUCAAACGUCUGACCUGAUCGAAAGACAGUCCAGCAUGGCGUCCAGCACUGAAGAAGUGUCAGCCGGAAACAACGACAUGAGUGGAGGUUCACGACGUGAUGACGCAGCUACGGAAUUUGGCGUUUUCAAAGACUUCGAUUUCUUAGAGUACGAAAGCGAGAGCAUAGAGGGCGAAAGUACGGAUAAUUUCAACUGGGGUGUGAGGAGGAGACCUUUCAGUCAGGGCGAAGAAGAUCUAGCAGGAGUGAAACUAGAAGAUAGUCUGAGCGAGAAGACGCCAGUUUUGACUGUCAGAAAGCGUCUUUUGACGGAAGAGUCAUCCGAUGACGACAUAGAAUCCGAAUCUCCUCUGGAUGAAAUCGCCAAUGCUCCUGACUUUGACAACAGCAACGCAGAAAGCAGUACCGUAUUUCCCCCGUCCUCUCUGGCCCUUAGAGAACAACAGGCCAGCCCUACCGCCAGAUCUGACACCAGCGGAUCAAGCGCUGGUGAUCUUGGUGACGUCACUCCGUGUAAUGCUUCACCAAACAUUCCCGGAAAUGUCAGCAUUCGAAUAACUAAGAGCGAUGUCCUGGAUACAUGGAAUACUUUUGUGCAGUCUUGCAGUGUACAAACACCUGCAAGUUCAUUACAGUUUUUCCAUCAGUUACAGAGACUUGUAGCUGAUAUCUGUCAGUCUGCAAUAGAAAUCACCAGGGAAUCGUGCACUAAUAUGUUGUCAUCUACUGUGGCAAGUCAGGCAACUAUUAAACUGUUGAUAACAAGACUACAUUCUGUCAUUGACAUAAUAAACUAUAGGAUUCUGCCUUUCAAUUUGAUAUGGUUUAACACGAUGGCAAUAAGCAAUUCGCGCUUUUUGGAAUCUUUGAAGUAUGGCAUGUUGGAAGUUCAGGAACAUUUGGAAACUUUCUGUGAUAAAAGAGAUCAAGCUAUAAUGUAUUGUGACGCAGUGAAAACAACUUUAAAACUAGAAAUCCUCAGCGGACAACAACCCGAUUUUCAGCACGAACAGUAUUUAAUUGAUUUAGGAAAAGCUCUCUACAAAUUAUAUUUCCAGUUGAUUUUACUAGUUGAAUCGGGAAACAAGAUGGUUUCCUCGUUGCAUAGCAGUUUGAAAAAUGGAAACUUUAAAGAUGUCAGUGCUGACAUAACAAGCGUAAAAUCAGCAGUGAGCAGGGCGUUGGAAGAUAUGGAGGCUGAUGGAGGUUUGACGUUGUCAGGUAGUGGGUUGGUGACAACUGACAAUUUGGUGGAGAGUCUCUGUAUGUUGAUUGACAACGAGAAAUGGACUUCAGUUAUAUUGUUCUACAAGUGCAACAAAGAGCAGUUUUUGAAGGAAAACGACGAGAUUUGCGAUAGAAACAAUGAUGUUGUGUCUAUAUUGAACGUGUUCUGUAGAAAACUAGUAAACGACAAACCAGAAUGUUAUGUGAUAUCUAACCAAGAUCUUGAACUGCCCGGAGUGUAUUCCAGAGUGUACCAAGUGUCAGCUGCCGUGUCUGACCUAUCAGAAAGCCUAGAAAAGGAUGGUGCCCAAUGUAGCAAAUCUCUAGGAGAACCGAGUAGUAAAUAAGGUUUAAGACAUGUAGAUAAUUGUGACAGGCAAUAUUAUUAUUCCAAAUUUCAUAAAGGAAAAACUUUUUUUUUCACUAUUAAGCUGUCUUGUACACUUCGCUCUAAAAGCGGUUCUAAAAAGAACAAUUUUCGUCUGCGUUUUAAAAUGCCAGUCACUAUAUCAUUAUUAAUAAAUUUUUAGAUAAUAAAAAUUAAAACAUACGUACUUUUAGCUGACUAAAUUAUAGUAUACGCUUAAUGUUAUAGUUUAUUAUUGUGGAUUUUCAGGAAUAUUCACGAAAACUAGUGUAUUUUUAAGUAGUUUAAUUUCUAUAUUCUCAUAUACUAGUUAAAAAGUGUUUAAAAACCAAAAUAUACUAUUUUUUAAUUGCUGUGAUAGUUUUUAUGGAAUUAUAUUUGAUUUUUAUGAAUAUUCUAAUACCCCACUCAUUUUUUUUAGAUUUUUUUAUCUUUUUAGUAUAUAUCGUGACAUUUACUCUCUGACGAACUGAUUAUAUAUUUUGUGUAUGUAAUUUUUAUGUAGUAAAAUAAGACUUACAUAUGUAAUAAUAUGGAAGAAAUGUAAUCAUUCCCAAUAAAAAUAUAAAUA